AUGCCAAGAGUGGUCUUAUGGUUCGAGGUUCGUGCUGCACUCGAAUCAAUCCAGUAUCGCGGUGGCUCCACGUUGACAGCACAGGCGGUGGAUCUCAGCGUCGAUGACCUUCUUCGUGGUCGACGGCCUAACGCCAUACAGGUUUGCUUUUAUUUGGGGUCGGUGUUGAUGAAUGAUGGUUUCUCGCAAGAUGCAUGGGAUCGUGUGCUCUCGGCCAGCGAACGCCUUACUUCCGUGAAAGCAGAACUAUUUGGAGUAGCGCUCGGGAGUGAAUAUGACCCGCGAGAGCUGGAACGCUAUAUUGGCCGUAACGAUCGGAUCUAUAGGGAUGGCUCGACAGAGAAUCCUCUGGACUGCUAUGAGCAUACUCUGAAUGGUUUCUUUAACGCGAUGUUGUUCUCGCUGCCGUCAAGUGGAAAGGUACUGGUCCUUGAGUCGGAAGCUCAUAGAGAGAGCCAUAAUCCACAACGUCAGUCGGACGAGUGUGCCGGCCCAGGCUCUUUGAAAUCUGGAGCCCGCGUUCGUGUUUCGGUGAUCUCAUUCGGGGACACUCCGAAGGUCACUUUGGAUUUCACAGACAUCUCCGAGAGGGAUAAAAUCUUUGCUCAGACGGAGUUGUUUGAUGGAGUCGCCAUUGCAUGGCCUCAAGUUUUGACAUUCUCGUCUCUUUUCGAGCAGAAGAUUCCACCGAUCGUGCGCGGCAUAAGUUAA